UAUACACCUAUUUAAAUAAAGAAAUGCUAUUAGUUAUUCAGAAUAUAAUAUUUAGUAAAAUUAAGAGGCGUAACAUGAAGAACUGGCAAUUGAUAUAUUUUUUUAUGACAAUUUCAUGUUUGAUAUUUAACGAAGGUAUUUUAAAUAAAAAUUUGGAUGAAAAAAAAAUAUGCCCGUUUGAAGACGGUACCACAGAAUAUGCUGCUGAAAUUGGUGACAUAGAAACAUUAAAACUAGCUUACGAGAGUGGUUGUGAAUGGGAUGAAGAUACGACUUCUGAAGCUGCUGCAAAUGGACAUUUCGAAUGUUUAAAAUAUGCCCAUGAAAAUGGCUGUAGCUGGAAUGAAGACACAACAAGAGCAGCCGCUAGUUAUGGUAAUUUAGAAACCUUAAAAUAUAUUCAUGAAAAUGGCUGUAGCUGGGAUGAAAAAACAACAAGAGACGCUGCUGGAAAUGGACAUUUAGAAUGUUUAAUCUAUGCACAUGAAAAUGACUGCAGUUGGAAUGAAGAAACAACAAGAGACGCUGCUGAAAAUGGACAUUUAGAAUGUUUGAUCUAUGCACAUGAAAAUGACUGCAGUUGGAAUGAAGAAACAACAAGAAAAGCUGCUUUGAAUGGACAUUAUGAAUGUUUAAAGUAUGCACAUGAAAAUGGAUGUCCAUGGGAUGACGAUAUACUUACUGCGUCUAUUAAAAAAAGUAGUUUAAAAAUUUUAAAUUAUUUACUUGAAAAUAAAUGUCCAUGUGAUGAAAAAACAACACAAGCUGCUGCCAGUUAUGGUAAUUUAAAAUGCCUAAAAUAUGCUCAUGAAAAUGGAUAUCCAUGGAAUGUAAGCACAACG